AUGGACGAUUCAUUCCGGCAUUUCACAAUCAACAAUAAUCAUGAUGAUAAUGAAAACAAUUCUAAAGAAAUUCAAUUUCCUGCUGAAAUUUUAUUGAAAAUUUUAACAUUCCAAUUUUAUCAAUUAUUAUUAAAUAAUACUUCAUCAAAUUCUUUCAAUAUUCAAUAUUUUAUUAAAUCUAAUUUGACUGUUAAUAAAGUUUUCUAUAGAUGUGUUAUUAAGAUUAUUUAUAAAUAUUGUUCAUUCAAAACUCCUCAUACUUUUGAUAUUUUCUUAAAUUCAUUAUUGAAAAAUCCAAAAUUAGGUGAAUAUGUUCAAGUAUUAGAUUUCCAAGAAUUCACUUCAAUUGGAUUAGGAAGAACUGGUAAAAUGAAUAAAGAAAUUCAAAUGGUUACUUCUACAACAAUCCUUAAUUGUCUUUUGAAAACUCCGAAUUUAAUUGAAUUUUUAGCAAGUGAAAAUAUUAAAGAUGAUUUAAAUUCAGAUUUAUUAUAUCAUUUAUUUAAUAAUAUGAAAUAUUUAAAAUCAAUUGAUUUUUGUGGUUGUUCUGGUGAAAUGUUUGUUUCAAAUUUUGAUCAAUUAAUCAUUAAAAAACCUGCAAAUUAUAAUAUAACAGAUCUUUCAUUACAUGAUUGUACAGAUUUAACUCCAUCCAUCUUGGAGAAAUUAAUUGUUAAUUUACCAAAUUUGAAAAAAUUAGAUUUAACUCAUACUCAAAUAACUUCCACCAUAUUGAAUCUAAUACCACAUACUGCAAAAUUAACUCAUUUAUCAUUAUCAUAUUGUAUUCAAUUAACAACAAGAGAACUAAUUAAUUUUUUCAUAAAUCACCCGGCAAUUACAUGUAAUAAAUUAGUUUGGCUUAAUUUACAAUGUGAUUCAUCAACAAGUUCUCCAUUAAAUAAUAAUCAAUUAACUUUUUUAUUAAAAAUCUUGGAUUGUGAUUUUGUUUAUUUAAAUCUUGGUGGAUUAGAUGUUAGUUUUGAAAAUUUAAUGCUUAUAAAGAGGAAAUUUGUAAAUUUGAAAAGUUUAUCAAUAGCAAAUAAUUCAAUUGAAAUUGAACAAUUAAUUGAAUUUUUAAAACCUCCUGAGGAUGAAAAAACUAUAAAUUCAAAUUUUUAUCAAAGAUUAGAAUUCUUAGAUUUAUCAAAUAAUAGAUUUAUGAAUAGAUGGAGUUUAGAUAAUCCUCAAUUUUUAAAUUGUUGUCCAUCAUUAAUUGCAUUUGAAUUUUCCAUUAAAACUAUAAAUGAUAUAGAUUCCAUGGGUGGGAAAUUCAUAACAAGAAAUGAAAAUCACGAGGAAAUCAUAUGGAAAACUUAUGAUUCAUUAGGUAGAAGAGGUUGGUUAUUUAAAGUUGACCAAGAAAGAAAUCCAGAUAAUUUAUCACAAAUUGGUCUUGUGGAAUAUGAUAUAAAUACGGGUAGAAAAUUAUUCAAGAUUUUAAAACAACCAGAUUUCCUUAAAAAUGUAAAUAAAAAAAUUAGUGUUUCAAAGGGGAUUUUAUUUAAUGCUCAUGAAGUAUUUGGAGAUUUUGAAAGAGGUAUUUAUAAAUAUUAUGGAAUGAAGAUGUAG